GCCAUGGCCGCUAAAGCAGGAGUACCGCAACGAAAAAUGACCUACUUUCACGUCACUCCACCUGAUGGACCGAGUAGGCAGGUACGAGUACCGAACGUGAUAGCAUUGGUUGGAUUGCCUGCCCGAGGAAAAACGUACAUUUCGCACAAACUAUGCCGAUAUUUGAACUGGAUUGGAAUCAAAACGAAAGCGUUCAACGUUGGCGAAUACCGACGGAAAGCAUGUGAUUUGGUGAAGGAGGGUGACUUCGAGUUCUUCAGCCCCUACAAUCAGAAAGGAACUCAGAUAAGAGAAGAAUGCGCUCGACUUGCCAUAGAGGAUAUGGGAGAUUACCUGCUUUCGAAAGAAGGAGAAGUUGCUAUCCUUGAUGCCACAAACACCACCCGAGCCAGACGUCGAAUGAUUAUCGACUAUUGCAAAAGCCAACGAACACUUCUCGAUCCUCCGUUUCGAUUGUUUUUCGUGGAAAGUGUUUGUGAUGAUGAAAGGAUCAUAAAUUCAAAUAUCACGGAUGUGAAAAUCAACUCACCGGAUUACAAAGGGAUAAUGUCCCAUGAAGAUGCCAGAGAGGAUUUUGUGAAACGAAUAGAGAACUAUAAACUGCAAUAUGAACCGCUUGAUCAAGAAGAGGACGAAGAAUUGUCAUUCAUCAAGGUGAUAAAUGCCGGCAAGUCGUUCUACGUCCAAAAUGUCAACGGCCACGUACAGAGCCGAGUUGUCUAUUUCCUUAUGAACAUCCACUUACUGCCUCGAUGCAUUUAUUUAACUCGGCAUGGCGAGAGUGAAUAUAACCAACUUGGACGACUUGGCGGUGACAGCCCUCUUAGCGAGAAUGGCAAACAAUAUGCACGAAGACUGAAGGAAUAUUUCGAGGAAGAAGAUUUGGAUGAUUUACGGAUAUGGUCGUCACAACGAAUCCGUGCAGUACAAACAGCUACAGAGCUAGAGGACCUCGCAUCUCACAUUGAGUACUGGAAAGUUCUUGAUGAAAUUGAUGCGGGUAUUUGUGAAGGACUGACAUACGAAGAUUUCGCGAACCGCUAUCCCAAACAAUUCGCUGAGAGGGACAGAGAUAAAUAUCACUACAGAUAUCCGAGUGGCGAGAGUUAUGAGGAUCUGGUCAGUCGUCUCGAACCGGUCAUUAUGGAACUCGAACGAUUGGCAAACGUUUUGGUGAUUUCUCACCAGGCUGUUUUGCGGUGUGUCUUGGCAUACUUCACGAACAAAAGCCCAGAGGAACUUCCAUAUCUCAGCGUGCCUCUACACACGGUCAUCAAACUAACUCCGAAAGCUUAUUCCUGUGUCGUAGAAAUGUACCAGUGUGAUGUGAAAGCUGCAAAUACGCAUAGAGACAAGCCAGAGGAAGUGGUCAGUUUAUCUUUGAAAUUCAAGCCAAAAUUUAGGGAGCGGUCACGCUACCAAACUAAUGGCUGA